GUUCAUGAUCGUACGAUCAACACAUGUAUUUUUCGAUAACCAAUCUCUAGUAACUAGUGUAGGAAAUAACCUAUCGUAAAUAUAAUUACAAUUAUGUUUAAAAAUUCUCAACCACAAUUACUUAAUGUAAAUAGAAAACCCAGCCAACCGAAAAGGCGAAAAAAGAUCACGCUUGUCUUCGAUGAAGAGAAACGACGAGAAUUUUUAGGAGGAUUUCGUAAGAGGAAACUAGAACGAAAAAGGAAGGCUCAGGAACAGUUACAGCAACAACUAAAAGAAGAACGAAAGAAAAUUAAACAAGAAGCACGAGAACGUUAUAAGAAAUCAUUAUCGAAUCAAGUCGUCCCAGAGCUGCAAGAAUUAUUAUCUCAACAAGAAUUUGAUCUAGAUAGUCAUACAGUUAGUAUUUUAGAGUUGAACAUUGCAGAUCUUAAAGAAGGAAAAAAAUGGAUAGGUGAAAACAAAAUUACAGAAGAAAAAGAAGAACAAGAAAAUGAUGAAAGUGACCAAAGUUACAAUGACGACGAUGAUGAUAAGAUUGUGGGAAUGUCGUUGCAAGAGAAAUGUAAGAAUCAAGUGCAGCCAAAAUCUAAAUCCAACAGUCAUGAGAUAAAAUCUGCAAAAGAAUUAAAACAAGAAAUAAAAAAAGCAGCGUUAAAACGCAUAAAAAAAAGUAAGGCAUUUCAACAAAAACAAAGAUUAGAACAACAAAAAAACAAAAAACAAAAUAAACAAAAAUUGCAGAAAACACAGGGGCUAGUGCACAAACGUGGCAAGAGGAGUAAAAAGAAAUCUAGGCGCUAGGAAAUUUGAUAAAUUUACUGCACAAAUUUUAAAUAAAUAUAUUUUGUAAAAAGUAUUACAUUAUAAA